AUGGAAGGAGAACAAAAUUUAACUGAAGCAUAAAAAGCUGAAAAAAAGUUAAAAGGAGGAAUCAAAUAAGCUGAAGAUUAUUUUGCUUAAAAUUUCGAUUAAUAAAAACAAGAAGAAAUAAAAAAUAAUCAUGUCUUUUAAGUAAGUAUUGUUUUUAUAAGUAUUUUAAUAAUUUGUGGUUUCCUUUCUUUUUACGGAGAUAGUCGUUUUAUUACUUAAUUAAGUGUUUUUAUACUUGCUUUGUAUGUCGGGUAAACCAUUAUCAAUUAAGUACAUCGUGGAUUAUAUACUGCGCUUCUUAUUUUACUAGUAAUUGUGGGGUCAACUAUAAGUAUUGCUUGUAUGAUUAUUUUCUCAUUUAGUGAUACCGAGGAAAGAUAUUAACCUUUCAGUGUUAUUGCUACUAUUGCUAAUGUAUUUUCUACAGCUAGUUUAGUUUCGGGAUUUUGUUUACUUUUUAGAUGCGUUUAUUCUUUCCAUAAUUUUUAAGUUAAAAAUAUUGAAAAAUGA